AUGGACGUGGACGUGGACAGGGACGUGGACGUGGACAUGGACGUGGACGUGGACGUGGACAUGGACGUGGACUUGGACGUGGACGUGGACGUGGACGUGGACGUGGACGUGGACGUGGACCGUGGAACGUGGACGUGGACUUUGGACGUUGGACGUGGACGUGGACUUGGACGUGGACGUGGAGGGGGACGGGACGUGGACGUGGACAUGCGCAUGCGUGGGAAGUGGACGUGGACGUGGACGUGGACCGUGGACAUGGACGUGGACGUGGACGUGGACGUGGACGUGGACAUGGACGUGGACGUGGACAUGGACGUGGACGUGGACGUGGACGUGGACGUGGACGUGGACGUGGAGGUGGACGUGGACGUGGACGUGGACGUGGACGUGGACGUGGACGUAGACGUGGACGUGGACAUGGACGUGGAAGUGGACGUGGACGUGGACGUGGACAUGGACAUGGACGUGGACGUGGACAUGGACGAGGACGUGGGCGUGGACGUGGACACGUGGACGUGGACUUGGACGUGGACGUGGAGGUGGACAAUGGACGUGGACGUGGAGGUGGACAUUGGACACGUGGACGUGGACGUGGACGUAGACGUGGACGUGGACGUGGACAUGGACAUGGACGUGGACGUGGACGUGGACGUGGACGUGGACGUGGACGUGGUCGUGGACGUGGACGUGGACAUGGACGUGGACGUGGACGUGGACGUGGACGUGGUCGUGAACGUGGACAUGGACAUGGACGUGGACGUAGACGUGGAGGUGGACGUGGAGGUGGACGUGGAGGUGGACGUGGACAUGGUCGUGAACGUGGACAUGGACGUGAACGUGGACAUGGACGUGGACGUGGACGUGGACGUGGACGUGGACGUGGACGUGGACGUGGACGUGGACAUGGACAUGGACGUGGACGUGGACGUGGACGUGGACGUGGACGUGGUCGUGAACGUGGACAUGGACAUGGACGUGGACGUGGACGUGGACGUGGACGUGGAGGUGGACGUGGAGGUGGACGUGGAGGUGGACGUGGACGUGGACGUGGACGUGGACGUGGACAUGGACGUGGACGUGGACAUGGACGUGGACGUGGACGUGGACGUGGACGUGGACGUGGACGUGGACAUGGACAUGGACGUGGACGUGGACGUGGACGUGGACGUGGACGUGGUCGUGAACGUGGACAUGGACAUGGACGUGGACGUGGACGUGGACGUGGAGGUGGACGUGGAGGUGGACGUGGAGGUGGACGUGGACAUGGUCGUGAACGUGGACAUGGACGUGGACGUGGACAUGGACGUGGACGUGGAUGUGGACGAGGACAUGGACGUGGACGUGGACAUGGACGUGGACAUGGACAUGGAUGUGGACAUGGUCGUAAACGUGGACAUGGACAUGGACGUGGACGUGGACGUGGACGUGGAGGUGGACGUGGAGGUGUACGUGGACGUGGUCGUGGACGUGGACGUGGUCGUGGACAUGGACGUGGACGUGGACGUGGACGUGGACGUGGACGUGGACAUGGACGUGGACAUGGACGUGGACAUGGACGUGGACGUGGACGUGGUCGUAGACAUGGACGUGGACGUGGACGUGGUCAUGGACGUGGACGUGGACAUGGACAUGGUCGUGAACGUGGAUAGGGACGUGGACGUGGACGUGGACGUGGACAUGGUCGUGAACGUGGACAUGGACGUGGACGUGGACAUGGACGUGGACGUGGACGUGGACAUGGACGUGGACGUGGACGUGGACAUGGACGUGGACAUGGACGUCGACGUGGACGUGGACGUGGACGUGGACGUGGACGUGGACGUGGACGUGGACGUGGACGUGGACGUGGACAUGGACGUGGACGUGGACGUGGUCAUGGACGUGGACAUGGACAUGGACAUGGACGUGGACGUGGACGUGGACGUGGACGUGGACGUGGACGUGGACGUGGACGUGGAGGUGGACGUGGACGUGGACAUGGACGUGGACGUGGUGGACGUGGACGUGGACAUGGACGUUGACGUGGACGUGGACGUGGUCGUUGACGUGGACAUGGACGUGGACGUGGACAUGGACGUGGACGUGGACGUGGACGUGGACAUGGAAGUGGACGUAGACGUGGACGUGGACGUAGACAUGGACGUGGACGUAGACGUGGACGUGGACAUGGACGUGGAAGUGGACGUGGACGUGGACGUGGACAUGGACAUGGACGUGGACGUGGACAUGGACGAGGACGUGGGCGUGGACGUGGACAUGGUUGUGGACGUGGACGUGGACUUGGACGUGGACGUGGACGUGGACGUGGACGUGGACAUGGUCGUGAACGUGGACGUGGACGUGGACAGGGACGUGGACGUGGACGUGGACGUGGACGUGGACGUGGACGUGGACAUGGACGUGAACGUGGACAGGGACGUGGACGUGGACGUGGACGUGGACGUGGACAUGGUCGUGAACGUGGACAUGGACGUGGACGUGGACGUGGACAUGGACGUGGACGUGGACGUAGACGUGGACGUGGACAUGGACGUGGACAUGGACGUGGACAUGGACGUCGAUGUGGACGUGGACGUGGACGUGGACGUGGACGUGGACGUGGACGUGGACGUGGACAUGGACGUGGACGUGGACGUGGACAUGGACGUGGACGUGGACGUGGACAUGGACGUGGACGUGGACGUGGUCAUGGACGUGGACAUGGACAUGGACGUGGACGUGGACGUGGACGUGGACGUGGACCUGGACGUGGACGUGGACGUGGACGUGGACGUGGAGGUGGACGUGGAGGUGGACGUGGACGUGGACGUGGACGUGGUCGUGGUCGUGGACAUGGACGUGGACAUGGACGUGGUCGUGGACGUGGUCGUGGUCGUGGACGUGGACGUGGACGUGGACGUGGACAUGGACGUGGACAUGGACGUGGACGUGGACGUGGACAUGGACAUGGACGUGGACGUGGUGGACGUGGUCGUGGACGUGGACGUGGACGUGGACGUGGACGUGGUCGUGGACGUGGACAUGGACGUGGACGUGCACGUGGACGUGGACAUGGACGUGGUCGUGUACGUGGACAUGGACGUGGACAUGGACAUGGACGUGGACGUGGUCGUGGACGUGGUCGUGGACGUGGUCGUGGACGUGGACGUGGACGUGGACAUGGACGUGAACGUGGACAGGGACGUGGACGUGGACGUGGACGUGGACAUGGUCGUGAACGUGGACAUGGACGUGGACGUGGACAUGGACGUGGACGUGGACGUAGACGUGGACGUAGACAUGGACGUGGACAUGGACGUGGUCGUGGUCGUGGACGUGGUCGUGGACUUGGACGUGGACGUGGACGUGGACGUGGACGUGGACGUGGACGUGGACUUGGACUUGGACGUGGACAUGGACGUGGACAUGGACGUGGACAUGGACGUGGACAUGGACGUGGUCGUGGACGUGGACGUGGACGUGGUCGUGGACGUGGUCGUGGACUUGGACGUGGACGUGGACGUGGACGUGGUCGUGGACGUGGACAUGGACUUGGACGUGGACGUGGACAUGGACAUGGUCGUGGACGUGGACGUGGACGUGGACGUGGACAUGGACUUGGACGUGGACGUGGACGUGGACAUGGACAUGGACAUGGACAUGGUCGUGGACGUGGACGUGGACAUGGACGUGGACGUGGACAUGGUCGUGGACAUGGACAUGGUCGUGGACAUGGACGUGGACGUGGACGUGGACAUGGACUUGGACGUGGACGUGGACUUGGACUUGGACGUGGACAUGGACAUGGUCGUGGACGUGGACGUGGACGUGGACAUGGACUUGAACGUGGACGUGGACGUGGUCGUGGACGUGGACGUGGACGUGGUCGUGGACGUGGACGUGGUCGUGGUCGUGGACGUGGUCGUGGACGUGGACGUGGACGUGGUCGUGGACGUGGAGGUGGACGUGGUCGUGGACGUGGACGUGGUCGUGGACGUGGACGUGGACGUGGUCAUGGACGUGGACUUGGAUUUGGACUUGGACGUGGACGUGGACCUGGACGUGGACGUGGACGUGGACGUGGACGUGGUCAUGGACGUGGUCGUGGACGUAGACGUGGUCAUGGACGUGGACUUGGAUUUGGACGUGGACGUGGACGUGGUCCUGGACGUGGACGUGGACGUGCACAUGGACGUGGUCGUGGACGUGGACGUGGACGUGGUCGUGGUCGUGGACGUGGACGUGGUCGUGGUCAUGGACGUGGUCGUGGACGUGGACGUGGACGUGGUCGUGGACGUGGACGUGGACGUGGUCGUGGACGUGGACUUGGUCGUGGACGUGGACGUGGACGUGGUCAUGGACGUGGACUUGGAUUUGGACGUUGACGUAGACGUGGACUUGGACGUGGACGUGGACUUGGACGUGGACGUGGACGUGGAGGACGUGGACGUGGACGUGGACGUGGACGUGGUCGUGGACUGGGACGUGGACGUGGACAUGGACAUGGACUUGGACGUGGACGUGGACGUGGUCGUGGACGUGGUCGUGGACGUGGACGUGGACGUGGACGUGGUCGUGGACGUGGACGUGGACGUGGACGUGGACUUGGACGUUGACGUGGACGUGGACGUGGUCGUGGACGUGGAAUUGGACGUUGACGUGGACUUGGACGUGGACGUGGACUUGGACGUGGACGUAGACGUGGACGUGGACGUGGACGUGGACAUGGACGUGGACGUGGACGUGGACAUGGACGUGGACGUGGACGUGGACAUGGUCGUGAACGUGGACAUGGACGUGGACGUGGACGUGGACGUAGACAUGGACGUGGACGUGGACAUGGACGUGGACGUGGACAUGGACGUGGACGUGGACGUGGACAUGGUCGUGAACGUGGACAUGGACGUGGACGUGGACGUGGACGUAGACAUGGACGUGGACGUGGACGUGGACGUGGACAUGGACUUGGACGUGGACGUGGACGUGGACAUGGACAUGGACAUGGACAUGGUCGUGGACGUGGACGUGGACAUGGACGUGGACGUGGACAUGGUCGUGGACAUGGACAUGGUCGUGGACAUGGACGUGGACGUGGACGUGGACAUGGACUUGGACGUGGACGUGGACUUGGACUUGGACGUGGACAUGGACAUGGUCGUGGACGUGGACGUGGACGUGGACAUGGACUUGAACGUGGACGUGGACGUGGUCGUGGACGUGGACGUGGACGUGGUCGUGGACGUGGACGUGGUCGUGGUCGUGGACGUGGUCGUGGACGUGGACGUGGACGUGGUCGUGGACGUGGAGGUGGACGUGGUCGUGGACGUGGACGUGGUCGUGGACGUGGACGUGGACGUGGUCAUGGACGUGGACUUGGAUUUGGACUUGGACGUGGACGUGGACCUGGACGUGGACGUGGACGUGGACGUGGACGUGGUCAUGGACGUGGUCGUGGACGUAGACGUGGACGUGGACGUGGACUUGGAUUUGGACGUGGACGUGGACGUGGUCCUGGACGUGGACGUGGACGUGCACAUGGACGUGGUCGUGGACGUGGACGUGGACGUGGUCGUGGUCGUGGACGUGGACGUGGUCGUGGUCAUGGACGUGGUCGUGGACGUGGACGUGGACGUGGUCGUGGACGUGGACGUGGACGUGGUCGUGGACGUGGACUUGGUCGUGGACGUGGACGUGGACGUGGUCAUGGACGUGGACUUGGAUUUGGACGUUGACGUGGACGUGGACUUGGACGUGGACGUGGACUUGGAGGACGUGGACGUGGACGUGGACGUGGUCGUGGACUGGGACGUGGACGUGGACGUGGACAUGGACUUGGACGUGGACGUGGACGUGGUCGUGGACGUGGUCGUGGACGUGGACGUGGACGUGGACGUGGACGUGGUCGUGGACGUGGACGUGGACGUGGACGUGGACUUGGACGUGGACGUGGACGUGGACGUGGUCGUGGACGUGGAAUUGGACGUUGACGUGGACUUGGACGUGGACGUGGACUUGGACGUGGACGUAGACGUGGACGUGGACGUGGACGUGGACAUGGACGUGGACGUGGACGUGGACAUGGACGUGGACGUGGACAUGGUCGUGAACGUGGACAUGGACGUGGACGUGGACGUGGACGUGGACGUAGACAUGGACGUGGACGUGGUCGUGAACGUGGACAUGGACAUGGACGUGGACGUGGACGUGGACAUGGUCGUGAACGUGGACAUGGACGUGGACAUGGACGUGGACGUGGACGUGGACGUGGACAUGGUCGUGAACGUGGACGUGGACGUGGACGUGGACGUGGACGUGGUCGUGGUCGUGGAGGUGGACGUGGAGGUGGAGGUGGACGUGGACGUGGUGGACGUGGACCUGGACGUGGACGUGGACGUGGACGUGGACGUGGUCGUGGACAUGGACGUGGACGUGGACAUGGACGUGGACGUGGACAUGGACAUGGACGUGGACGUAGACGUGGACGUGUACGUAGACGUGGACGUGGACGUGGACAUGGACGUGAACGUGGCCAGGGACGUGGACGUGGACGUGGACGUGGACGUGGACAUGGUCGUGAACAUGGACGUGGACGUGGACGUGGACAUGGACGUGGACGUGGACGUGGACGUGGACGUGGACAUGGACGUGAACGUGGACGUGGACGUGGACGUGGACGUGGACGUGGACAUGGUCGUGAACGUGUACAUGGACGUGGACGUGGACGUGGACAUGGACGUGGACGUGGACGUGGACGUGGACGUGGACGUGGACAUGGACGUGGACGUGGACGUGGACAUGGACGUGGACGUGGACGUGGACAUGGACGUGGACGUGUACGUGGUCGUGGACGUGGACAUGGACAUGGACGUGGACGUGGACGUGGACGUGGACAUGGACGUGGACGUGGACCUGGACGUGGACGUGGACGUGGACGUGGACGAGGAGGUGGACGUGGAGGUGGACGUGGACGUGGUCGUGGACGUGGACGUGGACGUGGACGUGGACGUGGUGGUGGUCGUGGACAUGGACGUGGACAUGGACGUGGUCGUGGACGUGGUCGUGGUCGUGGACGUGGACGUGGACGUGGACAUGGACGUGGACAUGGACGUGGACGUGGACGUGGACGUGGACGUGGACGUGGACGUGGACGUGGACAUGGACGUGGACGUGGUGGACGUGGUCGUGGACGUGGACGUGGACGUGGACGUGGACGUGGUCGUGGACGUGGACAUGGACGUGGACGUGGACGUGGACGUGGACAUAGACGUGGACGUGGACAUGGACGUGGACAUGGAUGUGGACGUGGACGUGGACGUGGACGUGGACAUGGACGUGGACGUGGUCAUGGAGGUGGACGUGGACGUGGUCGUGGACGUGGACGUGGACGUGGACAUGGACUUGGACGUGGACAUGGACUUGGACGUGGACAUGGACGUGGUCGUGGACGUGGUCAUGGACUUGGACGUGGACGUGGACGUGGUCGUGGACGUGGACGUGGACGUGGACCUGGACGUGGACAUGGACGUGGUCGUGGACGUGGACGUGGACGUGGUCGUGGACGUGGUCGUGGUCGUGGACGUGGUCGUGGACGUGGACGUGGACGUGGUCGUGGACGUGGACGUGGACGUGGUCGUGGACGUGGACGUGGUCGUGGACGUGGACGUGGUCAUGGACGUGGACUUGGAUUUGGACGUGGACGUGGACGUGGACUUGGACGUGGACGUGGACUUGGACGUGGACGUGGACCUGUACGUGGACGUGGACAUGGACGUGGACGUGGACGUGGUCCUGGACGUGGACGUGGACGUGGACAUGGACGUGGUCGUGGACGUGGACGUGGACGUGGACGUGGACGUGGUCGUGGACGUGGACGUGGUCGUGGACGUGGUCGUGGACGUGGACGUGGACGUGGUCGUGGACGUGGUCGUGGACGUGGUCGUGGACGUGGACGUGGUCGUGGACGUGGACGUGGACGUGGUCAUGGACGUGGACUUGGAUUUGGACGACGUGGACGUGGACGUGGACAUGGACUUGGACGUGGACGUGGACGUGGUCGUGGACGUGGUCGUGGACGUGGACGUGGACGUGGUCGUGGACGUGGACGUGGACAUGGACUUGGACGUGGACGUGGACGUGGUCGUGGACGUGGACGUGGACGUGGUCGUGGACGUGGUCGUGGUCGUGGACGUGGUCGUGGACGUGGACGUGGUCGUGGACGUGGACGUGGACGUGGUCGUGGUCGUCGACGUGGACGUGGACGUGGUCGUGGACGUGGAAUUGGACGUUGACGUGGACUUGGACGUGGACGUGGACUUGGACGUGGACGUGGACGUGGAUGUGGACUUGGUCAUGGACGUGGACGUGGACUUGGACGUGGUCGUGGACAUGGACUUGGACGUGGACGUGGACUUGGACGUGGACGUGGACGUGGACUUGGACGUGGACGUGGACGUGGACUUGGACGUGGACUUGGACGUGGACGUGGACGUGGAUUUGGACGUGGACGUAGACGUGGACGUGGACUUGGACGUGGACUUGGACGUGGACGUGGACGUGGACUUGGACGUGGACGUGGACGUGGACUUGGACGUGGACUUGGACGUGGACGUGGACGUGGACUUGGACGUGCACGUGGACUUGGACGUGGACGUGGUCCUGGACGUGGACGUGGACGUGGACCUGGACGUGGAGCUGGUCGUGGACGUGGAUGUGGACGUGGUCGUGGACGUGGACGUGGACCUGGACGUGGACGUGGACGUGGUCGUGGACCUGGACGUGGUCGUGGACGUGGACGUCGACGUGGACUUGGACGUGGAUGUGGACGUGGACUUGGAUGUGGACGUGGUCGUGGACGUGGAUGUGGACGUGGACAUGGACGUGGACUUGAACGUGGAUGCGGACAUGGACGUGGACAUAGACGUGGACGUGGUCGUAGACGUGGACGUGGUCGUGGACGUGGACGUGGACGUGGACUUGGACGUGGACGUGGUCGUGGACGUGGUCGUGGACGUGGACGUGGACGUGGACUUGGACGUGGACGUGGUCGUGGUCAUGGACGUGGACCUGAACGUGGACGUGGAGGUGGUCGUGGUCGUGGACUUGGACGUGGACUUGGACGUGGACGUGGACUUGGACGUGGACGUGGACUUGGACGUGGACUUGGACGUGGACGUGGACGUGGUCGUGGACGUGGACAUGGACGUGGUCGUGGACGUGGACGUGGACAUGGACUUGGACGUGGACGUGGACGUGGUCGUGGACGUGGUCGUGGACGUGGACGUGGUCGUGGACGUGGACGUGGUCGUGGUCGUGGACGUGGUCGUGGACGUGGACGUGGACUUGGACGUGGACCUGGACGUGGACGUGGACGUGGACGUGGAGGACGUGGAUGUGGACGUGGACGUGGUCGUGGACUGGGACGUGGACGUGGACGUGGACGUGGACGUGGUCGUGGACGUGGACUUGGUCGUGGACGUGGACGUGGUCGUGGACGUGGUCGUGGACGUGGACGUGGACGUGGACGUGGUCGUGGACGUGGACGUGGUCGUGGACGUAGACGUGGACGUGGUCAUGGACGUGGACGUGGACGUGGAGGACGUGGACGUGGACGUGGACGUGGACAUGGACGUGGUCGUGGACUGGGACGUGGACGUGGACAUGGACUUGGACGUGGACGUGGACGUGGUCGUGGACGUGGUCGUGGACGUGGACGUGGACGUGGUCGUGGACGUGGACGUGGACAUGGACUUGGACGUGGACGUGGACGUGGUCGUGGACGUGGACGUGGACGUGGUCGUGGACGUGGUCGUGGUCGUGGACGUGGUCGUGGACGUGGACGUGGACGUGGUCGUGGACGUGGACGUGGACGUGGUCGUGGUCGUGGACGUGGACGUGGACGUGGACGUGGUCGUGGACGUGGAAUUGGACGUUGACGUGGACUUGGACGUGGACGUGGACUUGGACGUGGACGUGGACGUGGAUGUGGACUUGGUCAUGGACGUGGACGUGGACUUGGACGUGGUCGUGGACGUGGACUUGGACGUGGACGUGGACUUGGACGUGGACGUGGACGUGGACUUGGACGUGGAUGUGGACGUGGACUUGGACGUGGACUUGGACGUGGACGUGGACGUGGAUUUGGACGUGGACGUAGACGUGGACGUGGACUUGGACGUGGACUUGGACGUGGACGUGGACGUGGACUUGGACGUGGACGUGGACGUGGACUUGGACGUGGACUUGGACGUGGACGUGGACGUGGACUUGGACGUGCACGUGGACUUGGACGUGGACGUGGUCCUGGACGUGGACGUGGACGUGGACGUGGUCGUGGACGUGGACUUGGACGUGGACGUGGACUUGGACGUGGACGUGGACGUGGACGUGGACUUGGACGUGGACGUGGACGUGGACGUGGACUUGGACGUGGACGUGGACGUGGACGUGGUCGUGGACGUGGACGUGGACUUGGUCGUGGACGUGCACGUGGUCGUGGACGUGGACUUGGUCGUGGACGUGGACUUGGUCGUGGACGUGGACUUGGACGUGGACGUGGACUUGGACGUGGACGUGGACGUGGAUGUGGACUUGGACGUGGACGUGGACGUGGUCGUGGACGUGGACUUGGACGUGGACUUGGACGUGGACGUGGACGUGGACUUGGACGUGGACGUGGACGUGGACUUGGACGUGGACUUGGACGUGGACGUGGACGUGGACGUGGAUUUGGACGUGGACGUGGACGUGGACUUGGACGUGGACUUGGACGUGGACGUGGACGUGGACUUGGACGUGGACGUGGACUUGGACUUGGACGUGGACGUGGACUUGGACGAGGACGUGGACGUGGACGUGGACUUGGACGUGGACGUGGACGUGGACGUGGACUUGGACGUGGACUUGGACGUGGACGUGGACGUGGACGUGGACGUGGAUUUGGACGUGGACGUGGACGUGGACUUGGACGUGGACUUGGACGUGGACGUGGACGUGGACUUGGACGUGGACGUGGACGUGGACUUGGACGUGGACUUGGACGUGGACGUGGACGUGGACUUGGACGUGCACGUGGACUUGGACGUGGAUGUGGUCCUGGAUGUGGACGUGGACGUGGACGUGGACCUGGACGUGGAGCUGGUCGUGGACGUGGAUGUGGACGUGAUCGUGGACGUGGACGUGGACCUGGACGUGGACCUGGACGUGGUCGUGGACCUGGACGUGGUCGUGGACGUGGACGUCGACGUGGACUUGGACGUGGAUGUGGACGUGGACUUGGACGUGGACGUGGUCGUGGACGUGGAUGUGGACGUGGACAUGGACGUGGACCUUGACGUGGAUGUGGACUUGGACGUGGACGUGGUCGUAGACGUGGACGUGGUCGUGGACGUGGACGUAGACGUGGACUUGGACGUGGACGUGGACGUGGUCGUGGACGUGGUCGUGGACGUUGUCGUGGACGUGGACGUGGACUUGGACGUGGACGUGGUCGUGGUCAUGGACGUGGACCUGGACGUGGACGUGGACGUGGACGUGGUCGUGGUCGUGGACUUGGACGUGGACGUGGACUUGGACGUGGACGUGGACUUGGACGUGGACGUGGACUUGGACGUGGACUUGGACGUGGACGUGGACGUGGUCGUGGACGUGGACAUGGACGUGGUCGUGGACGUGGACGUGGACGUGGACGUGGACAUGGACUUGGACGUGGACGUGGACGUGGACGUGGUCGUGGACGUGGUCGUGGACGUGGACGUGGACGUGGACGUGGACGUGGUCGUGGACGUGGUCGUGGACGUGGAUGUGGUCGUGGUCGUGGACGUGGUCGUGGACGUGGACUUGGACGUGGACCUGGACGUGGACGUGGACGUGGAGGACGUGGACGUGGACGUAGACGUGGACGUGGUCGUGGACUGGGACGUGGACGUGGACGUGGACGUGGACGUGGACUUGGACGUGGACAUGGACGUGGUCGUGGACGUGGUCGUGGACGUGGACAUGGACGUGGUCGUGGACGUGGACGUGGUCGUGGACGUGGACGUGGACGUGGUCAUGGACGUGGACUUGGAUUUGGACGUGGACGUGGACGUGGACUUGGACGUGGACGUGGACUUGGACGUGGAUGUGGACGUGGACGUGGUCGUGGACGUGGACUUGGACGUGGACGUGGACUUGGACGUGGACGUUCUCCUCCAGUCCUGUACGUAG